AAAAAUUCAAACACUUUUUUAAAUCAACAAAGAGUCGAAGUUUAUGUCCUUAUCCUUGAAAUGCAUCUAGAGAUUUGGUUCUUAUCCCUUACCCAGAAAGAUUGGUGUUUUAGGCUACGGUGCCAUUGGGAGUGCAUUUAUUGAAGUUCUUUUGAAGAAUCACCCAAGUACUAAAUUGUUCUUUAUUCCUAGAUGCCCAAAUAGUUGCUCUUGAUAAAUAUGAUGCCUUUAGACCAAAAGAGAAUCGUUUCGAAUGCAUAAUAGAAGAGAGAACCAAAGAAAAUAUAGGUGACACACUUUCAAGGAUGGGGUAAGGUAUUCUUCAAUAUCUAGAUUGCAAAGCGGAGAUAUUUUAGUGGAUUUGUCAACAAACAUUGAAUUCCUAUCGAUAUGGUCACUAUGCGCAGAGAAAAAGAUAAGAUAUAUGAACACAGCCUUGGAGCAAUGGGAAGAUAGCGAGGAUGCCAAUUCCUGUCCUAAAAAUAGCGAGGAAGCAUACAAGCUCACAUUGGGAUACAUCAAAGACAAGGCCAAACAAUCUAAGUAUUGGAAUCCAAAGAGUGGUGCUACAAGUAUACUUGAAAUGGGAUUCAACCCUGGCGUUGUUUCACAUUGUGUAAAGAGAGGAUUAGAAGAUUGUGCAAAGCAUUACUUGAAGCACGACGAUCAGUUCAAAGACGUGAACAAAUAAUUGUUGAAGAAAUAUUUGGAAGCUAGAAAUCAUUCUAAACUAGCCCAGGUGUUGGGUGUUCACACAAUACAUUGUUCAGAAUAUGACAAUCAAAUGAUGAAGGAUAUUCCAAAAGACAUCAAUACUAAGUUUUACAACACAUGGUCCUGUAGAGGAUUCUUGACUGAAGGACUUGUGCCAAUUCAAGUGGCCAGAGGCAGUCACGAGGACCCCCACAUUGAAUCCAUGUAUACAAUCAGAGAUGGAAAAACCAUCGUAUCAACUAAACCUUCAGUUCAAACCUAUGCUAAGAGCUGGCUUCCCAAUCAAGACAUCACUGGAGUAUUGAUACCUCAUGGAGAGGCUUACAGUAUCUAAGACUAUUUGGCUGACCCUGAAACUGGGUAUGCCCCAUCUUAGUACUACGUGUAUGAUUACAAUCCCUUGGCCAAGAAAUUUAUAGCAGGUCUUCCAAAGGAUGCCGACAUCAACAACACUCACCCUGAAAUGGAAGUCAUUCACCCAAUCAAUCAUCCAACCUUAAGAGGAGUUGACAAGGUUGGUGCCAUGAUCAUUAUGAAUAACAACAGAGGCUGGUGGACUGGCAGCAUUAUGGAUGAGGUCGAUAGUUCGAUGUUAUUUAAUGGAAGAUUUGGACCCACUGUAUUAUAAGUUGUGGGAGGAGUUUAUGCAGGAUUCUUAUGGAGUUGUAUCAAUCCAAAUAUUGGAUCACAUUUCCCAGAGAGUAUUGACACUGAUUUCCUUUUGAGCAUUGUAAAUUAUUAUCAUAACAAUUAGGGAUAAGCGACCAUGGGCAGAUUUGUUUCAGUUAACGUGAAUUUGACUAAGACAUCCAUUAAAGAUUGUCAUAAGUUGCAGAGCUUCAUUUGUGAUAAGCAAUGAUUAUUUAAUAAAUAUGAUUC